UUAUUCCGUUCUGAGCCGUUACGCGGAGCGGUUGUGCUUUCUGUUUCGGGCAAACAAGGAGCCAGAGCAACUAUUUUAUUUAGUGACUGUCUGUGGGACAAAUUGGAUUUUGAUUAGCCAGUGAUUUGUUUACAUUUUGCCUAGUAGGAAGCGUGUGCCUGCAAGGGUCACACAGCACACGACAUACAGACGUUCGUGUAACCGCAGCUGUAAUUGCGUUAGUGUUUUAGUUCAGUGUAUGUACGUGGGUGGGUAACCGCAACCUGCAUUUGUGUCGCGCCAGCAUAACCGUAAAGGUGUAAACGAGCAGAGGAGGAUCCAGGACGGAGUGAAACGCCACCAUGGUCGUCAAGGAGAUUCCGCUUCACGAGAAUCUCAGCAUGGAGAACCGAUCCACCAACGCUGCCACGCCCACCACCACCACCACCUUCUCGCGGUCGGGGCGGCACUACAGCCUCUCGCUGACCACGGCCGUCCUGCUGGUGUCCUUCUUCAUCUGCACUCUCCUGGCGGUGGGCUUCAUAGUCUACAACUUUGCCACGUGUGCCCAGCUCCAGGCGGAGGCUGGCGAGGAGAUCGUCUGCACGAGUGUCCAUCCGCGCAACAAGGCCAAGUCCGGCCAGGACGACAGUGGCCCCAAGUACGACCGGGACGUACGCCUGCCGCGCUCCAUUCGCCCCCUGAAGUACAACAUCACCCUGGAGCCGCAUCUCAGCGGCAACUUCAGCUUCACCGGCAGUGUCCAGAUCCGAAUCCGAGUCCUGGAGGACUGCUACAAUAUAACCAUGCACGCCGAGGAGCUGAAUAUCUCUCGCAGUGAUGCCGCAGUCCACCGCGUACUUCCGGGAGGAGAGCUGGACACUGACAGUCUGAGGAUCCACAAGCAGUACCUGGUCGGAGCCAAGCAGUUUUUCGUCAUCGAGUUGUACGACAAGCUGCUCAGGGGGAUGGAGUAUGUGGUCCACCUACGAUUCGGGGGAAUCAUUCAGGACUACCUGCAGGGCUUCUACCGCAGCUCCUAUGAGGUUCACAACGAAACCAGAUGGGUGGCUUCCACACAGUUCCAGGCCACUGAUGCCCGGCGGGCCUUUCCCUGCUUUGACGAGCCCGCCCUGAAAGCCAACUUCACCCUGCACAUUGCCAGGCCCAGGAACAUGACCACCGUGUCCAAUAUGCCCAUUGUUUCCACCCAUGACCAUCCCACCAUACCCAGCUAUGUUUGGGACCACUUUGCCGAAUCCCUGCCAAUGUCCACCUACUUGGUGGCCUACGCCAUUUCCGAUUUCACGCACAUUUCCUCCGGCAACUUCUCCGUUUGGGCGCGGGCAGAUGCCAUCAAGUCGGCAGAGUAUGCCCUGUCUGUGGGCCCCACGAUCUUGACCUUCCUCCAGGACUUCUUCAACACGACUUUCCCGCUGCCGAAGAUCGACAUGAUUGCGUUGCCCGAGUUUCAGGCCGGAGCCAUGGAAAAUUGGGGUCUGAUUACCUUCCGGGAGACGGCCAUGCUCUACGAUCCUGGAGUGGCCACCGCGAACAACAAGCAGCGCGUAGUCUCCGUAGUUGGGCAUGAACUGGCCCAUCAGUGGUUCGGCAACCUGGUGACUCCCAGUUGGUGGUCGGAUAUCUGGUUAAACGAAGGAUUCGCUAGUUACAUGGAGUACCUCACAGCAGACGCAGUGGCUCCGGAAUGGAAGCAGCUCGACCAGUUUGUGGUGAAUGAGCUGCAAACUGUUUUCCAGUUGGACGCCCUUUCCACGUCUCACCAGAUCUCCCACGAGGUCUUCAAUCCCCAGGAGAUAUCCGAGAUAUUCGAUAAGAUUUCGUACGCCAAGGGUUCCACCAUUAUUCGAAUGAUGGCUCAUUUCCUGACCAACCCAGUGUUCAGGCGGGGACUCAGCAAGUAUCUAAAGGAAAUGGCUUACAACUCGGCCACCCAAGACGAUCUGUGGCAUUUCCUCACAAACGAGGCCAAGUCUUCUGGAUUGCUGGACCGCAGUAGAAGUGUGAAGGAAAUAAUGGACACGUGGACACUCCAAACGGGCUAUCCAGUGGUCAAGGUGUCGCGGCAUCCCAACUCGAAUGUAAUACGCCUGGAGCAGGUCCGGUUCGUGUACACCAACACCACCAGAGAGGACGAGAGUCUCCUGUGGUGGAUACCCAUAACCUUCACCACAGCCUCAGAACUGAACUUUGAUAACACCCGACCCACGACAUGGAUGCCUCGCACGAAGCUGUACGAGCUGGAGAACAGAAACCUUUCCACUGCCAAGUGGUUUAUAUUCAACAUCCAGCAGACUGGCUACUACCGCGUGAACUACGACGCGGAUAACUGGCGGGCCAUCACCACCCAUCUGAUGGAUGAAAAGCACUUUGAGGAGAUUGCUCCGGCCAAUCGGGCCCAGCUCCUCGAUGAUGUGAUGAACCUGGCCCGAGGAUCCUACAUAUCCUACGAAACUGCCAUGAAUCUAACCCGUUACCUGGGCCAUGAGCUGGGUCAUGUGCCUUGGAAAGCGGCCAGCAGUAAUUUUAUUUUCAUCGACUCGAUGUUCGUCAAUUCGGGCGACUAUGAUUUGCUUAAGAACUACCUGUUGAAGAAGCUUGAGAAGGUCUACAACGAGGUGGGAUUCCACGACUCUCAGGAAGAUUCAGAGGACAUUUUACUUCAACUGAAGCGCGCCGAUAUCUUGGCUGUGGCCUGCCACUUGGGCCACCAGGAGUGCAUAUCCGAGGCCAGCAGGCACUUCCAGAAUUGGGUCCAGACCCCCAAUCCAGAUGCCAGCAAUCCAAUCUCCCCCAACCUCCGAGGAGUGGUCUACUGUGCGGCUAUACAGUACGGAAGCGAGUAUGAGUGGGACUUUGCCUUCGAUCGUUACUUGAAGACGAAUGUGCCCGGCGAGAAAGAUCUGCUUCUGAGUGCUCUUGGUUGCUCCAAGGAGCCCUGGCUGCUGUACCGCUAUCUACGCCGCAGCGUCGCUGGCCAGCACAUUCGCAAACAGGAUCUUUUCCGGGUGUUCGCCGCCGUCUCCAGUACUGUGGUUGGCCAGCAGAUUGCCUUUGACUUUCUGCGCAAUAACUGGCAGGAAAUCUAUGCUUACAUGGGCUCACAGAUGUCGCACAUUCAUGUGCUCUUCAAGUUCGCCACCAAACGGUUCAACUCAAAGUUCCAGCUGAGUGAGUUCGAGAACUUCGUGAAAGAUGCCCACUGGGACUAUGGCAGGCCAGUCCAGCAAAUAGUGGAGCAGAUAGAGACCAGUGUGGACUGGAUGAACCGCAACUACAAGUCCAUCGUCAAGUGGCUGCAGAACGAGGAUCGGGCGUAAGACCCGAGGAUCCUUGCGGCUUGGCUGGGUCAGGACUGCAGCAGUAUUAGGUGUCGCAGCUGCAACUGCAUUUAUGUCUAGUGUUUACGUCGAUUGUUUUACCAUUUCAGUUUCGCCAAAGAAUACGGGAUACUUUGGCAGAUCGUCCAGAGCUAAACUCCUAAUCUUUUCAUAACAAUUAUGAGAGUCUUGUAUUUUAAUUUCGUUUCUACUUGUACUUGUACUUAAAUGUAAAUGUAUAUGCAAUUAUAUUAUUAUUUGUCACAAAACCA